GAAGCCUUCCUUUCAUUCAGAGACUUGCCGCCCACCAAUCGCGGGAGAAGGCGGGUCCUAUGCGCACAGAGCGAGACGUCAUUCUCCUGGCAUCCCGACUAUUAGGAAUCCGGAAAUACUGGGUGGGAGCGACCGACAAGCCUGGGAGUCCGGCAGCUCAUAGCCAAGCAAAGCGACACCGAUCCGGGGCAACAUGAGUGGGUUCCGGCAACAGAAUGUGGAGGAAUUCUAUGAGAUGGGAGAAGAGCUGGGAAGUGGUCAGUUUGCAAUUGUAAGGAAGUGUCGAGAACGCCGGACAGGAUUAGAAUAUGCUGCCAAGUUCAUAAAGAAGCGACGAUUGUCCUCCAGUCGACGGGGUGUGAGUCGGGAGGAGAUUGAGAGAGAAGUGGACAUCUUAAGAGAGAUUCAACAUCCUAACAUAAUCACCCUUCAUGAUGUGUUUGAAAAUCGCACAGAUGUGGUUCUUAUAUUAGAACUAGUGUCUGGAGGAGAAUUAUUUGACUUCUUAGCACAAAAGGAGAGUUUGACUGAAGAAGAGGCCACCAUGUUCCUAAAACAGAUUUUAGAUGGCGUUCACUACUUACACCACAAAAGCAUUGCGCAUUUUGAUCUCAAGCCAGAAAAUAUCAUGCUGCUGGAUCAAAGUAGCCCAAACCCUCGAAUAAAACUUAUAGAUUUUGGAAUUGCCCACAAAAUACAAGCUGGAAAUGAGUUCAAGAAUAUAUUUGGAACCCCUGAAUUUGUCGCUCCUGAGAUUGUCAACUAUGAACCUCUUGGACUGGAGGCUGAUAUGUGGAGCAUUGGAGUGAUCACGUACAUCCUGUUAAGUGGAGCAUCACCCUUUUUGGGAGAGACAAAACAGGAAACUUUGACUAAUAUUUCAGGUGUUAAUUAUGAUUUUGAUGAGGAAUACUUUAGUAAUACAAGUGAACUUGCUAAGGAUUUUAUACGAAGACUGCUCGUCAAAGAUCCAAAGAAGCGGAUGACAAUCGAUGAGAGCUUGGAACAUUCGUGGAUUAAGGCCAUCAAGCGCCGUAAUGUUCGUCAUGAGGACAGUGGAAAGCGACCUGAGCGUAGAAGGUUAAAGACAACACGUCUUAAGGAGUAUACAAUCAAAUCCCACUCUAGUAUGCCUCCUAAUAAUACAUAUGUCAACUUUGAAAGAUUUAGCCAUGUGUUGGAAGAAUUAGGAGCAGCAGAAGAUGCACUCUGUGAACUGCAAAAGAGUCAGACUACUUCACGUGAAGACCUUUGUGCCCUGCGCUCAAUAUAUGAAGAAAAGGAAAGCUGGUACCGGGAAGAGCAAGAAGGUGUGGCACACCAGCUAAUGGGGCUUAAGCAGGAGCUACAGCGCGGAGAAGGCCAGCGCCGGCAGGUUCAAGAAGAUCUGCGGACUACCAUGCUAAGUGCAAAUGGUCUGAAGAGGAAAUUUAGCAGAUUAGAAAACAGAUAUGAAGCAUUGGCUGCACAGGUUAAUGCAGAAAUGAGCUUUGUUGAAGAGCUGCUGAAAACCAUGGAGAGGCCUGAUGUAGAAGGUGUCCGCGGUGUAUGCUAGAAAUAGAGAAAGCUUGGUUUGUGCAUGCAGCUAGACAUGGGUGUCCUGCUAUAUAUUAUAUGCAAAUAUUUCUUCUCUGACACAGAGACUGUGGAUGUGUUAAGCUAACAGUAUACAAGAAGAGGAUGAAUCAGUGCAUUGCAAUUCCACAUUCCAAUAACAUUUUAAGGACUGUAAACUAUAUAAGGAGAUAGAAAUUCAUUACUGGAGAAGGAGAAGAUCAUCAAAUCCCCGGUUGUUGUUUUUUCUUUUUUAAGCUAGUAGACUUUACAUUAUAUUACUUAACUUGUUUUCACACUUUAACAAUAUGUUAUACUGUGUAUGAAUUUAUGAAACUGACUUUAACACUUUUUGAGAUGCUUUGCGUGGCAAUUUAACAAAUCUUUAAGGAUUUUCUGAUAAAGUAUGUUAUCUACAAUUUUUCUUGCCACUACAGCUCUUUAUCCCCUGUGCAAUUGGAUCUACAUAUACAAGAUUAACCCUGCCUUGAGCCAGUGCCUUCUCUUUAAGACAGUCUUUAUGUGUUUCCUGGUCUUGGAGGGGCAGGGUAGUUUUCAGGGCAAAACCAUAGAUUUUUCACGUAGGUGAGGAUUCCCCC